AUGGGUGAAGAUCUCACCAGACGCCCCAACCCUAAGGGAUGGGUUCCUCCCAAAGCUCCAUACAACCCGUAUGACCCUACUGAUGAGAGACCUCCAGAAGGGUAUCCCUCUGAGUUCAAGACUCCCGGUGAGAGCCCCCAGGGCUUCUCUCUGAUACCGAAGAACCCUACGCAAUACCGAAAGGUUAACGAGACUAUGAAACGUCUCAACUACACCCCUCGUCCGGCGUCGGAAUUGUAUCCUGGUCAGUAUAAGGUGUUGCGUCGAGUGGACACGAACCAACGCCUACACACUGGAUCCCGUUAUUUCGGUACUUUUAUUACGGGUCUGGUGAUCAUAUACUUUGCAUUCUUCCACCGUUGGAACGAUGGCCGGGAAAACGUCAUGAGUGACUUUUAUCGGGCUCGACUCAAGUUGAAAGAGAAAUGGUUCGGAUUGAGCGAUCAAGAGUAUAAUGACUUGCACCACCCCAAGGAUUCUAAUGUCACCAUCAAAAACGUUAGGGAUGCCGAUUACAUUCCUGAAGAGUUACGAAAAACCCAAGAAGGUCAGUUUGCGUUGAAUCGGCCUUCAGAAAGACACGUCUUGGAAGCGAAUAGAAUCCAACAGGAGCAGGAAGAAGCUAUGUUAAGGGAGAUCGAGAUGCACAAAAAUUAUGCCAAGGAGUUGCAAAAGGAAAUGGAAGAAUUCGACAAAAAUGACUCGUCACAAGGUAGCAAGAAAAAGAAGUGGUGGAUUUUUUAG